AAAUAAUAAACUGUUACUAUGCGUUCACUAUUCGAGCUCGCUGAUUGGUUUAAUAACAACCCGCCAACUUAGACUAUCUAAAAUAGUUUUGAUUCAUACGUGCUGAAGCAGAUUUAAAAAUGGAUAAAUGGUUGACAACAGGAUCGCUGAAAAGGAAAAAUACAAACGUUUCUUCAGCAACAAGUAAGCAUGACACUGAAAAGCCUCAAAAUAAACCUAAACGAAGAAAAUAUAGUAGCGACUACCUAGCGCUGGGUUUUACAUAUGUUGGAGCAGAGAACGAGCAGCUACCGCUCUGUGUUGUGUGCUCAGAAAUACUGUCAAAUGAAGCUUUAAAACCAAUCAAACUACGAAGGCACUUGGAAACAAAGCAUAGUGAAUAUGCAUCCAAGCCUAUAGAAUUUUUUGAGAACAAACUUAAAGAGUACCAAAGCAGGAAAAAAACUCUUGAAACAGCGUUCUCUGGCAACGACAACAGUAAAGCAGUGGAGGCAUCUUAUCGUGUUGCAAAUCUCAUUGCAAAGGCUGGAAAACCGCACACAAUUGGUGAAACUUUGAUUUUACCUGCUGCGAAAGAAAUGGUUGGCGUGAUGUGUGGAGAAAAGGCCCGCAAGCAGUUAAAUCUGAUUUCACUUUCAGAUAAUACAGUCGAGAGAAGAAUCAAUGAAAUGGCAGAUGAUAUAACUCAGAAGUUGGUCAAAAACAUUCGAGAGAGUCCCUUUUAUGCCCUACAGUUGGAUGAAUCGACCGAUAUAGCAAACCUUUCCAACCUCCUUGCCUUUGUACGUUAUGUACAUAAUGGAGAAUUACAAGAAGAUUUCCUUUUCUGUAAGCCGCUGCCGGCGCAAUCAACUGCCCAAGCCAUAUUUGAUAUUUUGAAUGCGUUCAUUGUUUCAAAUGGAAUAGACUGGUCUAAAUGCGUGGGUCUGAGCACAGAUGGAGCAAGAGCCAUGGUGGGACAUCGCAACGGAGUCGUUGCGCGCGUAAAAACAGCUGCGCCGCUCAUGAGCUCUGUCCACUGCAGUUUACAUCGGGAGGCGCUAGCUACCAAAAAGAUGCCCACAGAUCUCAGAUGCGUCUUGGAUGAGGCUGUUAAAAUCGUCAAUUUCAUAAAGACUAGGCCCCUUCAGUCACGUCUGUUUCGACUACUCUGUGAAGAAAUGGGAAGUGACCAUGUUCAGCUUCUGUUACACACUGAGGUACGAUGGCUUUCACGAGGCAGGGUGCUUACUCGUCUAUUUGAAUUACGCAACGAAGCACGGAUUUUUUUAUCUGACUCAAAUUUUCCCCUUUCAGACCGCCUCAGUGAUUUCGAGUGGCUUGCAAAAUUGUCCUACCUUUCUGAUAUUUUCAAUCACCUAAAUGGUGUGAACUUGAGUCUUCAGGGCAAAUCAGUGACAGCGUUUCAAGUCCAAAAUAAAAUCGAAGCCACAAUAAAGAAACUGGACAUUUGGGCCGGACGAAUUCGCAAAUCAAACUCUGAAUCGUUUGAAAAUUUGUCACAUCUUUUGACAGAAGAAGCCAUGAGCCUACCCACCUUGGUUAAAAAGUUGAUUGAGGAGCAUCUCCAAGGACUGAAGAGCCAGUUGCGUGACUACUUUCCAUCUCCAGAUGCUCAGGUUGCCUGGAUGGAAAAUCCAUUUGCAAACUUGUGUGAGGGAGCCGUCACAAGUUUAAGUGCAAAAGAGCACGACAGCCUCAUUGACAUGUCUUGUGACAGUGCUUUAAAAUUGACGUUUUCUCAAAAAACAUUGACGGAUUUCUGGAUUCAUACAUUCUCCGAGUAUCCUGAUCUUUCUGACAAAGCUCUUAAAUUUUUGAUGCCAUUUCCGACAACAUACUUAUGUGAAGCAGGAUUUUCUGCAUUGGUGGCACUCAAGACAAAAUACCGGAAUAAGCUUAACAUCGAGCCUGAUCUCCGCUUGCAACUUUCUUCCCUUCAGCCCGACAUACAGCGCUUAGUAAAUGCUAAACAACACCAACCUUCGCAUUAGUGCUCCAUUUCUCUGCCGGUUUUGACUGCUCGUUUCAACCCAGCUCUGCCUGUUCCCUCUGACGGCUCUUCGGCUCGCUGACGUUCUACCCGCUGCCGACCUCUGCCUGGAUUUGGUUUUCCCGUUUUCGAAAUGUCAACCCGAGCCUUUGGGGGCUUGCUGAUCCGUUAUGUAUAUUUUCUGUUUAUUCAAUACAUUACCAGUUUAUUCAAUAAAGACAAUUAACAGCCUUGCUUCCGAGUACUUAGUUAACCCGACACAAAAAGCGGGAUCGUUUAAAUUCAUUUGCAGUGGGCCGCGGAAACAUAUGUGUUUGGCUGUGUGGGCCAUGAGUUAAAAAAGGUUGGGAACCACUGAAGUAGUCUAUUUAAGUUUAAACAUAUGACAACGUACUACCUACACAAAAACAAGGAAAUCAACUAAUGGCCAAGACUGCAGACCACACGUUUUUUGCAAGCAAUUUAAGGUCGCGACUGUUGUCCCAAAUAUAGCAGCUUCAGUCAGUGAUUGAAACACACAUUAUUCAUAUUAAUUGAAGUUUUACAGCAUAUAGAACUGACAUUGAAUGCUCCGAGCGAGCUGUGCUGUGGUAAACAUGGAACUUUUCCUUGACAUGAAAUGAUAAAUAAUCAAAUGUCGGCUCCAUUGCUUGACAGAACACCUCGAAGCCUGCCUCAUCCGCGAUACUGAUCGUUCUCAUGUCCUUACAAAUGAACGAAAUGUAUUUAUCCGUUAUGGCCUCUUGUCGUGUUGCAGACAAAUAGCUUGUGGCGGGCGAUGCAAAUUUAACAUUAAGUGUCAAGACGUGACUGUUUAGCUGGAGUUCCACACAUUAUGCCAUGCUCAUUUGGGUGCACAUUUUUGAGAUGUGACAUCAUGUUGCUAGUGGUCGAAUGGUAUCCUAACUGUAUCUUAAAUAGCUUGCAUACAGCUUUAUCUCGCGGAUCAAUUUUACCAAAUUUUCUCUGCUGUGGUCGAGUUGGGCUCUGCACUUGCUGGCAUCUUCCAUGAAGACGUGUUAACUUUCAGCACAGUGAUGCUGAGCACAGUGUGACUCCUGUGACCUGUCCCUGAACCAUCAGGCGCGCUAGCGCGCCCACUCACAAAGCAGACAACCACGCCUCUACUACCGCAGGCGUUUUUUUUUUUUCCAAAUUUUUUUUAAAUUCGAAUAUUAAUUUUCACCUUUGAAAUUCGUUUUUUUUAAACCAUUCGAAUACAUAUUUGAAUUUAGAAUAUUUGUUGACAGCCCUACAAAGCAGCCCCUACAGGACGCAGUGUCACGUUCCCUACUCAGGAAACUAUGGUUACAUAAGUAAGCUGAGACAGUUUUCCGUGUCUCAGAAUGGCUCCAUUCCUGAAUGUGUUGUAAGUUUAGCACGUAUUUGGAAACUCAGCGGCCACCAGUUAUGCAUAACUUGCACAUUUUCAUAAUUUUCUACAUUUUUAAUGGGUAAACGUUUACAGUAUUUCAUUAAAUUAGUAAUGUUUGUAAACCCAUUUUCCCAGUUUUUCACAAAAAUAAAAGCGCCAUUGAAGUUUCCGCCAAAAAAUCUCAUGGGUUUAUCUUGGGGUGGGCGAUAUCUCGAUAUUAAAAAUGUAUAGAGAUAUUUUUUAAACACUAUAUGGAAUUUGACAUAUCUUGUAUGUCGAUAUAUAUGUAUGUCUUUAUUGUUUUGGCCAAGGUUAUUGAGAGUUGGACUUAGUAUGUUAUGGCCUCUGAAGCAACAGAGAGAUGUUUUCUAAUAGUCAGGGUUU